AAAGAUAUUGGGAAUUGAAGUUUGGAGCGCUAGUUGCAAUAUGUGUGCUACACGAUCUGCUGUUCGUGAAUCUGAUUCAGACUCGAGGGAUUUCAGAAUUUUCAGUGUCAAGAGACUUUCAUACUUUAAGAUACCAUCGGAAUUUAGAGAGGGUAGAUGUCGUAGUGUUGCUGAAUUUGAAAAGCUAAACCGCAUAGGUGAAGGGACAUAUGGUAUUGUCUGUAAGUAUGAAAAUUUAGCUAAUAACUUAGACCGUGCUCGUGAUACUGUAUCAAAAGAGGUUGUGGCUCUGAAGAAAGUUCGAAUGGAAAAUGUUCGAGAUGGCAAGUUUUCCUCACUCUUGAGUUAUGUACAACAGGUAUCCCUAUUAGCAGUUUGCGCGAAAUCACUUUGUUGCUAAGUAUAAAGCACCCGAAUGUUGUUCACUUGAGAGAAGUCGUUGUUGGGAGGAGCUUAGAUAGGUAUGUUCUAGUGAUAUCGAUCAUUUUCAGUAUCUUCCUUGUUAUGGAGUAUUGUGAACAGGAUAUGGCAAGUUUACUUGAUAACAUGCCUAAUCCUUUCACCGAGUCUCAGGUUAAAUGCAUCAUGCUUCAGAUUUUCAAAGGUCUGAGAUAUCUUCAUGAAAACUUUAUAAUCCACAGGGACUUAAAAGUCUCCAACCUGUUAAUGAAUGACAAGGGUCUUGUCAAAAUAGCGGACUUUGGACUGUCACGCCCUACUCAUUCCCAUAAUCCCAUGACUCCUUGCGUUGUUACAUUAUGGUACCGAGCACCAGAAAUUUUACUUGGCGAUAAAAACCAGACUAAAGCUGUUGAUAUAUGGUUAGUUCAAAUAAAUUUGUGUCAUCCCAAAUUUGAAAUAUCAGGUCAGCUGGCUGUAUUAUGGGUGAGCUUUUAUUACACAAACCACUUCUUCCUGGGAAGACAGAGGUUCACCAAUUGGAGUUAAUUAUUGAUUUACUGGGCACUCCGAAUGAUCAAAUUUGGCCGAAUCUUUCCAAAUUACCAGCAUUAGAAAAGAUAAAUCUGAAAAAGCAACCGUACAAUAAUUUGCGUCAUACUUUCCCAUGGUUAUCAGAUGCUGGUUUGCGUUUACUAAACUUUCUGUUCAUGUAUGACCCGUCUAAACGGGCUCGGGCUCGUGAGUGCUGUCAGAGUUCUUAUUUCCGUGAACAUCCUUUACCAUGCGAACCUGAUAUGAUGCCAUCUUUUCCACAACAUCGAUUAAAGCGUAAGAAUUCUCCUGGUGAAUAUGAUAACAAAGGUGUUAAUCCAGCCCAAGAUCAAGCUGCUGGAUUAUUUGAUGCUGCCUUCGAUAGGAUUGUGAAGAAACGUCGAGCUUAAACAGAACCAACACUAUAAAUUUUAAGAAAUUUAUUUAUAUAAUACAUUUGUGCAUUUCUAAUUUCUUGGUGUUUUUAAUUUGUCCUCUUUAGUCAUUCAUAACUGUCAAUUUUUACGUCCAUAAAAAUCAUAAUUAACUUCUUACCGUAGUAAUAUUCUAACGUUAAUUUAUCCUUUAUAUGGAUACUACUAAGAAAAGAAAUAUAUGAUUCUAAAGCA